GGGAAAAAAAAAACCCUAUUUAGGCUUCAGCUUCUCUUUGGUUGCUUCGACUGUGUAGUGGAGUCGGGAUCGAUGGCGGCCUUGCAAUAUCUGGAGUCUCUUCGAAAUCAGCAUCCAGAGCUAGCCGACUGGUAUAGUUCUCUUGCAGAUCUGUAUCAGAAGAAGCUUUGGCAUCAGCUCACUCUCAAGCUUGAGCAGUUCGUUGCUCUCACCGUCUUUCAGGCUGGAGAUGCACUGAUACAGUUGUAUCAUAAUUUUAUCACCGACUUCGAGACCAAGAUUAAUCUUCUCAAGCUUGCACAUUUUUCUGUUAUAGUUUCUCGGCAGUAUUCUGACAAAGAAGCUUCUACUUGUUAUCUAGAAGGUGUGAUCGAAAAGCUUCAAGCCACUAAAGAGCAGCGCAUAGAAGAGCCUAUUUUUUAUAUUAAGAUGCAAAUUGCCAAAUUCAAGCUUGAGCAGGGUGACCAAAAGGAGUGCAAGAAACUUCUUGAUGAUGGAAAGAGUACCCUUGACGGUAUGACUGACAUAGAUCCAUCUGUAUAUGCUAGCUAUUAUUGGGUUUCAUCUCAAUACCAUAAGUUUCUCCAAGAAUUUGCUGACUUCUACAAAAAUGCUCUACUAUAUCUUGCUUACACAUCAGUGGCAUCUCUCUCAGAAUCUUUUAAGCUGGAUUUGGCAUUUGAUCUCUCCCUUUCCGCUCUUCUGGGAGAUAACAUCUACAACUUUGGAGAACUGCUUGCUCAUCCUAUUAUAACAAGUCUUCUGGGGACUAGGGUUGAGUGGCUUUUCCAUAUUCUUCAGGCCUUCAACUCAGGUGAUUUAGCUCGCUAUCAAGAAUUGUGUCAUGUGCACAACGCUGCAUUGAGGGACCAACCAGCCUUGGUUGAGAAUGAGAAGAAGCUCUUGGAAAAAAUCAAUAUUCUAUGCUUAAUGGAGAUUAUAUUCAGCCGCCCAUCUGAGGACCGAACCAUUCCAUUAAAAGUUAUUGCUGAGCGAACAAAACUGUCGAUUGAGGAUGCUGAACAUCUUCUUAUGAAGAGCUUGUCUGUUCAUCUGAUUGAGGGCACAAUUGAUCAAGUUGAGGGAACUAUACAUGUCUCUUGGGUGCAGCCGAGAGUUUUGGGGAUUCCACAGAUCAAAUCGUUACGCGAGCGGUUGGAUAAUUGGGUAGGCAAAGUACAAACCGCUUGGUUAUCAAUUGAAGCUGAAACACCUGAUCUUAUUGCAUCAUGAUUUCCCCCCACAAGUUCCUUUUUUCCUAUUGUAACAAUUUCGUUAUUUGAAAAAGAAAAGUAAAAGUCUAUGGUGAGCAACGAGGAUAGA